GCGGUGGCGGUGGCCGUGGCCGGGACUGGGCGAGUUGGAGCGAGCGGCGGCGGCGGUACGGCUGCGGCGGCAGCAUGGCUUCGUCGCAGGGGAAGAACGAGCUGCUCUUCGCCGACUGGAUGGCAGCGCUGCCCGGCAGCCUCCACAGCACCCCGCUCACCAACCUGGCCAUCCCCGGGUCUCAUGACUCUUUUAGCUUCUACAUUGAUGAAGCCUCUCCAGUUGGGCCUGAACAGCCAGAGACGGUCCAGAAUUUUGUGUCAGUUUUUGGGACUGUGGCUAAAAAGCUGAUGAGGAAGUGGCUGGCUACACAGACCAUGAACUUCACCAGCCAGCUGGGGGCAGGUAUACGGUAUUUUGAUCUUAGAAUUUCCACCAAGCCCAGAGACCCAGACAAUGAACUAUACUUCGCUCAUGGUUUAUUCAGUGCCAAAGUCAAGGAAGGUCUGGAGGAGAUCAACGCGUUUCUCACUGAGCACCCAAAAGAAGUGGUCUUCUUGGACUUCAAUCAUUUCUAUGGGAUGCAGAAAUGCCAUCAUGAAAAGCUUGUCCAGAUGCUCAAAGACACAUACGGAAACAAAAUGUGUCCUGCUAUAUUUGCCCAUGAAGUCAGCCUCCAGUACCUGUGGGAAAAGGAGCACCAAGUGCUAGUGUUCUACCACAGUCCAGUGGCUGUCGAGGUAGCUUUUCUGUGGCCAGGCCAGAUGAUGCCAGCACCCUGGGCAAACACAACAGAUACAGAAAAGCUGAUUCAGUUCCUGCAGGCAUCAAUCACUGAGAAAAGAAAGAAAGGCUCCUUUUUCAUAUCCCAAGUAGUGCUGACACCAAAGGCUAGUACGGUGGUGAAAGGAGUUGCAAGUGGUCUCAGAGAAACGAUCACAGAAAGGGCUCUUCCUGCAAUGAUGGAGUGGGUCCGAACUCAAAAAGCAGGAGAGAGUGGUGUGAAUAUUAUCACUGCAGAUUUUGUAGAACUUGGUGACUUUAUCAGCACAGUCAUAAAGCUCAACUAUUCUCUGGAUGAAGGUGAAGAUGACACUACUUGAUAGUACUGUGAUAUGUGUGUUGUUGCGUUAUUCAGAAUUAAAAAAAAAAAAAAGGAAAGAUUGUAUUCUAAAAGGAUUAUAUUGUAAAACACUCAUCUUCUUGUAACACACUGAGGUGUUUAGGGCUUUAGUGGGUGGGCAUAAGGGAAAUGUUUUCAUCAUUUAUGAUCAUUAUUCAUAUUUGUGUUUAGUGUGAAAAGCAAAACUAAACAUGUUUACAGUGUUUGAUAAAAGAAGGCCAUUUACAGGUUCUCCAUGAGGUACCAAAUGUGAUUCAUGUGUCUUCUGUGGUUAUGAACAGUGCCAAGAAAUUUGUUGUUUUCAGAGCAAGGGGAUGUAUAUAUUGUCCUCUUCCUGCUCACAGCAGAAUUCCCAAUGGUGUGAGCAUUGCACCAGGAGACUGAGGACAGUAUAUCUGGCACAAAAAUUUUAAGCUGCUACAUUUCAUCUGUUAGGUGGUUUAACUGAUCAUAUUUAUCAAUGAGCUGCAGGUUUAAAUGCCUUUGUGAUGUAAAUCCAAAAUCAUGCUUCUAACACAUGCAUAAUCAGUGGACAGUAACCAUGACAUGCUAUGUACCAUAAUCGGUGGUAAACAUCAUGUACUGUGUAGCUUGCACAAAGCACAGAUGAAAUCUUUCUUGCUUUUCAUUCUCAAAUGGGGUUUUCCAAGGUCUCUGCCUCAGGUCAAGCCAGCAGGUAUGUGAUACUGGCCUAACUCUGUAAUCACAGAAUGGCCUGCGUUGGAAGCUUAAAGAUCUUUUAGUUCCAACACUCUGGCAAUUGGCAGGACACUUUUCACUAGACCAGGUUGCUCCAAGCCCCAUCCAAAGCCUGGCUUUACACACUUUCAGGCAUGGGGCAUCCACAGCUUCUCUCAGCAACAUGUUCUAGUACCUCAUAACCCUCACAGCAAAGAAUUUUUCCUAAUAUCUAAUCUAAACCUACUCUCAGUAGCCAUUCCCCCUCAUCUGUCACUACAUGCCCUUGUAAAAAGUCUCUCUCCACCUUUCAUGUAGACUCCCAUCAGGUACUGGAUGGCCAGAAUUAGGUCACCCCAAAGCCUUCUCUUUUCCAGAUGGAACAAUCCCAAUUCUUUUAGCAUUUCCUCAUAGGAGAGGUGUUCCAUCCCUCUAAUCAACUUCACAGCCUCCUCUGGACUUGCUCCAAAAGGUCCAUGUCCUUUUCAUGCUGGGAGCCCAGCUCUGGAUGCAGUGCUCCAGGUGGGUCUCAGCAGAGCAGAGCAGAGGGGCAGAAUCCCCUCCCUGCCCUGCUGCCCACGGGGCUCUGGAUGCAGCCCAGGACACGUUUGGCUCUCUGGGCUGGCAGUGCCAUGGCCGGGGCAUGUGCAGCCUCUCAGCCACAGCUCCCCCAAGCCCUUCUGGGCAGGGCUGCUCUGGGGCUGUUCAUGCCCAGCCUGCUACCAGGGGCUGCCUGUGCACUUAGUUUUGUUAAACCAUGUGAAAUUCCCAUCCUUCAGGGGUGUCAACAGCACCACUCAGCUUGGUGUUACCUGCAAAUUUGCUGAGGGUGUGCUUGAUUCUUUCAUCUGCUUCAUUAAUGAAGUUAUUAAAUAACACUGGUCACAAUAUGAACCUUUAAGGGACAGCUGCUGGUCCACAUUUUCCCUGGUUCCAUAAGGAACGCAGUUAGGCCAGCUUUGAGCUCCACUUCUUCCCAGGAUUAAUCUUAUGUAAGAGCCUCAUCCCAUAUCCUGAAUAUGAAAAUAAUUGUGUUUAGCAUGGAUUGAGCAUAAGGUGAGUUGUGCAUACUUUAACAUGUGCAGUAUUUUGUCCCAUGGUGGAAACCUGAUUUCUGCAAGACUGAAAUUGCACUUAAAAAUAGGUGUAGUCUAGGUGCAGUCUAAGCCUCUCUUUAAGGCAGUUAUGAGCAGAACACUUUUCCACUGAUUACAAAAAAUCAGUGCCAGUUUCAUCAGUGAAAAGUUCCUGUACUAAAGAAUGUAGUAGUUCAAUUCUAGCUAAUAGCAGUACUCUGUAGUCCUUAAAUUGUCUGUGGGAUAUAAUACUGCAUAACACAAGAUUGAACAUCUACUGAAUAGCACUGUUCCAGCAACAAAAUCACUGAUCAUCCUAGCUUUAAAGAAACAUAUAUAAAAAGUAAAUUGAAAACUUAGUAAUUUAUAAAAUGAGAGCAUUAAAACUCUAUGACACCUAACUGGAUAAAAUGCAGGCAGUUUUAUCUCCUGGACACAUCAACACACACAUACACAACUUUGGAAAAUAAAACAUCUCAUCUGUACAAAACAAUAGAUGCUAUAACAUCUUACAAGGAAAUGUUCUUUGAAAUAUUGUAAGGAUUUAUGGGAUAGAAUUAAGGUCAAAUUUCUGUUGAUGUUACUAGAACUUUUGGUUGAGUGAGAAGAGAGAAUUGCAUCAUACAGUCCAUUACUCUUUUCUGUCAGAUGAUAAUGACUACCAUCUCCCAUCAGAGUUUAGAAAUUCAGAGAUGGCCAUAUUGAACAGAUGGGUUACAAGCAUUAUAGGGGGUUUGUUUGCUUUAGUUUAGAGAGUGACAUAAAAAGAACACUUCCUGCUGUUUUGUACUGAGAGGGUGCCUUGGAAAAAGUGUAUGCAUAUGUGAGUGUAGAAUAAAGAAUAAUUUAAGUGUAUGUGUAGUAUAAUGACACACUUAAAUGUAUGUGUAUAACACACACAUCCUUGUACACUUGCAUAAUGAUCUUUGGGGUUCUGGACAGGACUACUAUAAAUUUUUUAAAAAACUCAUGCAGCUGUUAUGAAGUCAUGAUGGCUCUUUCAGUAGCAUUCUCUUCUGUAUGGGUUAUGACUGUACAAGUCAUCCCCAAUGAAAUCUGUGAUCUAAGCUAGUUAGGUUUUUAAUGGCAUUUAACUUUAUCCAGACCGUGUCAAAAAUUUACGUAGAGUCACAAGUCAUGGUUUUGUUGAACAAGGGGUAUGACUUUAAUGCUUUCACCCACAAUUAAGCAAGUUAUAGAGUGGCUUGAUAGACUUUGUUUCUGGUUUCCACAGGCUCUCCAAGUAAAAUUUAUGUAACAGACAUAUAAAAUGAAACAUGAAAAUAAAUUUCGAACCCACACCUAUGUGGGUGUCCUACAUAAAAAUGUGAAAAUGUGUGCUUAUUUAUUGGCAGUGAGGUGUAAAAUACUCUUUUUUCCAUUUAGUUGGAGUUGGUUGUUUCCAGACUCCUCCUGAAGUGAUUCUUCAGCUGCUCAAGUAUAGCCAAAAGAAUUAAUCUAUCAUUCUAUUACAGUAAAGUGAUCUGAAUCCUUGGGUGGAGUGAAAAUUAGGUUUCAGUUUUGGGGUUUUUUUGGAUUCUGGCUGAAAUUCUGUUGCAUCUGAGAGCAUCAACACCAGGUUUCUGCUGGUACCCCUGCUCAAACACACACCAGACACACCAGGCUUUUCGCUGCUCAGAGGUAUACUCAAGGCAAAUGCUUUGCUGUAUUUUAAAAAGUGUAUGUGUGUGCCUGUAUAUAUGAAUAAGUAUAGAGCUAUCUAGAGUUUGUUAGUAUUGUUAUGAAAUGUUUGCUUAGUGUCAGUUUUAUUCUAAUUCUCAUUUGGAAAUAAACAGAAAGUAAAAGCAAAGCAAAAAAAAUCCUCUGACAAGAAACAAUAAUAGACAAAUUGUAACAUUUGUCCAUUAAUGGGGACAAAUACUAGCAAAAUCUUAAAUUCUGGUCAGAAAAAAUAUGUUUUCAUUUAGCUGUCAAUCUUUCUAUUGGAGAAGCACAGCACUUUAUGGUAGGAACAGGUAAACAAACUUGCCUUAAUUACUAAAAGAAAAAAGUGCAUGUGGGGAUAUACUAUCCAUGCUCUUCUAAAGAUUUCAUCUGUGAGGGCCUAAAACUGUAAGUCCUGAUAGAGAUGCACUCCCUGUUGAUGUUGUUUGGGGAUCUUGCCAAAAAAGAACAAGCCAGAAAGUACUAUGCAGCACAACUGGACCAUUCAACAGCCCAGUUUUGCCAUCCAUAUGCAGCUAAAAAUUGUCUUUAAUUUCAACCAGAAAUGUGCUUGCAGGGCUGGGUCAGAUGUGUUUUUCUGAUCCCAUAAACUUGGAAGGUUUCUUCACAUGUAUUAUGAGGAAUCUUGCAUGGGAAAUUAGUUGACUGUAAUCAGCCCAUCACGGAAAAAUACCUGUCUACACUACUGAUCUGUAUAAGCAUCUACUUAACCAAAAUGUCAUGUCAUUCACUGCCAAAACAUCUUUUUCCUUCUUCUGCUUAUUUUCCCCCUCACUAUGUUUGUUGUGUAUACACUGAGUUCUGCUGUUUUCUGGCAGUUUCAUGUGAUUACUUGAUCCUUUCUUUUUACCCAUACUUGAAAAAUGGCAACUGUGCUGCACAAACGGAAUGUCUCAGCAGUGCAAACCCACCUAGCUCCAUUUUUCAGUUUACACAUGCUGAGACAUCUUCGUUCCAUAGUGAUCUAACCUGCAGAAAUCCAGUCCAAACAGGAGGUGGUUCCUGGAGUGCAAUUCCUGCCUUGUAUGGUGAGGGGUGAAUUGGAGUCAGACCACAGGAGUGUAGUUUUAGAAUUAGUGGGUUAUUUUCAUUCUUUUGCUGGUGGACAAAAACAUUACUGGUUUUGUAGGUCCUGCUAUUUCAAAACAUUAUUUUAAAUGUGCGCAUGUAUGUGUAUAUAAAUAUAUAUGCAUGCAUGGCUGAGAGGGAAUGUAUGAUCCUGUAUGCUGGGCUCAAUCUUUCUGUCAUACUGAUACAAAUCUAGACAGUUUCUACUAACUUCAAAGUAGUUACCAAGCCUUUACCCUGAGAUGAGAGUGAGCAGAGAGUCACUGUGUAGUAAUUAUAGGCUGUGUUACAAAUGAAAUUUAAAAUUGUGGAGCUUAAUUCCACAAAAUAAAAAAGAAAGCAGAGUGCCCUGAAAACACAGUUCCAGUGCUGUUUAUCCUCAAUUUAGUAUAUGAAGAACUAGUUAUUAGCAACUGAUUAGGCCAUUUGGUGAUUUCAAGAGUUCAGGUAACACUGUUUCAAAGUUCUAAAUUCCUUUUCAGUGAAGUAAAAGCUAAUAGUGUAUGAUGUAUUUGCCAUAUCUCAGUGGUAGCUUCUGUGUUACAUACAGUCAAUGUUGUUCUGAAUUGUAUAUGUUUACCCAAUGGUGAGGUUAAAAUAUGCUGUAUAGUAUGUGUAACGUAUUGAUUACAAGUAUUUGGAGUUCAGUGGUCUAUUUAGUUUUUACUGUGCUGCUGUUUUAUAGAUAUGUGUGUAAAUGGGAUUAUGGAUUGUCUACAGUGUACAAUGAAAUAAUAAUUAAUCCUAAAGGAAAAGGGCAGUUAUGUGACCUGCCUUAAUGCAUUAGGAUAAUAUUGUUAAAUCUCAUAAUUAUCGGUUCUGUUUCAGAUGUUACCAGGGGUUGUCUGUAGAGCUGACUCCCUCACUUUCUGGCACGAAGGAGUUAAACUUGAAGUUACUUGGAGCUCACUUACAGAUUUGUAAAUACAGAAUAGGAUGUUUGCCUGAUAACUGCCUUGACUGUACAAGGUGGCAAAGACGUGGUUUCCAGUGUGUUACAGAUCAAAUCACUUCUGCGCACACACAGCUCCUGCUGAUGCCAGCAGGAAUUGUGAUCAUGCAAUUGAGUGGCCUCAAAUUCAUCUUCUGGAACAUAGUCAUGAUAGGAGGAUGGGGAUAUCCUGGCUUUAAGGAAGUGCCUGGAUGCUAUGCAAUACUGCUCAUGUCCUGUGUUGGAACAUAGCUUUAAAUUUGCAGGAAGAGCUGUGAACUUUGCUCCAGUGUAGGUUGGACCUAUAAAAGAAAAAAUCCUUAUGUAAAAAUUGUGAAUGCCAUAGGCUGAUCAGCAUGGCCUGGCCUGCCCAUGUACAGCAUUCUGCUUUCAGGAAUUGUGGCAGCUUUAAAUAAAAAAGCUAUAAUAAUUCCUUGUCCCUGCAGGAGCUACUUAGGAAUCUCUACAUUGCCUACAGGUACAACUCAGGCACUAUUCCCAGAGUCAGGUCUAGCUCUGCCUUCAUGGUUUAUAUUUAAGAUGCCUGAUGCCAAGAGUAAUUAGGAUAGAGGUAUUAACUAAACACAGGGAGUGUCCACCUUGUGCCUGGCUGGUUGGAGUAGGGUGCCUGCUCUCCAGCAGCACAUUUGGCAUGAGGUCAUCUUCAGUCAGAUUCACCUGAACAGUGAGUGAGGGAAGGCACAAGUGUGAUUUCAGAGCCUCUGAAAAUCAGAGUCAGUUGUCCAGUUAAAAUGCAGCAUCUUCCCACUUCUUUCCUUUGCCUCUGCUCAGUGCUGCUUUUCUGGACUUGCGCAUACACAUCACUUUGCCUGCUAGCUGUGAAUAUUAGAUAUUUGUCAGCCUCAGUACACCACAGAAGUCCACAUGGUUGUAUAGGAUGUUAUGUGAGUGGGGCUAAAAGCUGGAAGUGGGCCUCAUCUGAUGUCCCAGUAUGGUUUAUCUACACACUCCAAGUUAUGCACACACAUCCUCUUGAAGAGGCAUCACCGUGGCCAAUGAGUAUCUCCUCAGAGGGAGGUGCACUUAGGGGUUUUUGUUUGUGCAGUAAGAGUGCAUGUACUAACCUCUUCCUGCAGCCUUUGGUUCUACAAAAGUCAGUUUGAUUGGAAGAAAUUCCUCAAGUAGCUGCAAUUACUUUUGCUGUGAAGCAGGGAUCCUUAAAGCAGAAUCCUGGAGUUAUUUGUAAUUACUAUUAAUUACUAAUUUGUAAUUACUGAAAAUAAAAAUAUGUGGUUAAAACCACAAUUUUAAAAAGAAAAAUUAUAUGGGCUUGCCAGGACAGUUAAGUUUUUGACUGCCUCAGUCAUCAGUAGUUUAGUAUCAUCUAGGUGAUGAUUUUUAGCAUGUUAUUGCCACACUGCCUCCUGACACUGUUCAGGGUCUCUGUACAGAAGCCUUAUUAUUCCCAGUGAGCAUUAAUGCAUUUGAAUGACUCGUCUCCGUUUUGGUGGGAAGGAAGAUUGUGUAACACUGAGAACAUAGAGCUCCCUGUGUGUUGUGCCCACAAAGGUUCACAGAGCUGCACCUUCUCGUUUUAGGAUCUGUUUAAUGGUACUUUAAUAAAUGUUGUGUUAAAAAUGCCUACAGUUCUGUAUAGCAAAUGUGAAUUUUUAUGACAAGAAUGUGUAUUUAGAGUAAAAAAAAAUAAUAUAAAAUCCAGUUUCUUUGUAUCCAGUGAAACAUCUAAUAAAGCUCUGGUACCUGUA